CUUGAGCGCUGCCUCACUGUGCGUCACUGUUAUCUCCCCGGUGUCGCUCCGAGCUGUGAUGGCGGAGGAAGACGACAUCGACAUAAUGAUGAACUACCACGGCGAUUUCGUCAAAAGCGACAGGAAACUCAGUCGUUACCCUUACUGCAUCGUGUGGACGCCCAUCCCUCUCUUAUCGUGGGUGCUUCCCUUCAUCGGUCACAUGGGGAUCUGCACCUCUUCAGGCGUCAUCCGGGAUUUCGCAGGUUCCUACUUUGUCUCGGAGGACAACAUGGGGUUUGGUAGACCUACAAAAUAUUGGAAGCUUGAUGUGGACAAAGUCUGCGGCAACGGUGCAGCAACAUGGGAUAAAGCGGUGCACGAUGCAUCCGAGGAAUACAAAUGCAGGCCGCACAAUUUGUGCUUUGACAACUGCCAUUCCCAUGUGGCCAUGGCCCUCAACCUCAUGCGCUACGACAACAGCACUUCGUGGAACAUGGUGAACCUGUGUGGGCUGUCUCUCGUUCACGGGAAACACGUGAGCUGGGCCGCGUUCCUCAAGACCUGGCUGCCCUUCCUCAUGCUCUGCGGAGUCCUUGCCACGUUCGUCCUGACAUUGAACCUACAGUAAUGUAGCGAGAGCGGCAACGGGAUGACUCACAGACUCUGACUGCGCUUCACACAUCACCGUUGACGUGCAUAACUCCUUCUAAUGGGACGUUUGUCGGUCAAAAAAAUACAAAAGAGGGAAUUCAUUGCCUGUCGUGAUCUGAAGGGUAGUUGUGGUUAGUUUUUAAUUCGACUGUAUGUUGUCACAGUUUAGAAUUUUCUUUAAUGAGAAUCCUUUAUUACAACUCUUAAGUUAUUCCAUUACACUUUUUCACAUCGUGCAUUUUGUGGUAGCAGUUUGCUCAUUUACAGUAUAAUGGAUGACAGUUAUCCUCCUACAGAUUAGGCUUCUGUGGAGCGAUGUACAAAUACAUUUUUUAUGAAUUCCAGUGAUAAAUAUGUUUCCUAGCCGGUGAAUGUACAUUUCAGUGAUGAAUUGCUACAAAAUAUAUAACAAAAAUCUUAAUUCUGAAGGUAUUCAUCAAUUAUUUGUCUGUGAAAGAAGAACUUGCUCCCAAAGAUAGAAUGAUGUGAAAAAAUGUAAUAUUCUCCUCUCCAUAAUAAUUUUUAUUUUAUUGUGUAGAGACAUACAUGUGUGUUAAAGGACUAAUAUUAUUAUUGCUGCUCUCACCUGUGCAUCUUCAUGCUGUA